AUGCAUCACCAGCCUUAUGUUUCUACCUCGGGAUAUGUUUUCCCACCUGAAACCGUUGUUCAGACCCCUGUGGUCAUUAGCUCAGAUUUCUUUACCUGUUCACAACCAACGUCAGUACCCUCGGUUUCCGUGUCUUCGGUUCCUUUUAUUCCACCAGCCCUUCCGUUAAGCAUGAAUCCAACACUAUCAUUAAAUAUGUACCCCAUCGACAACUCACAAUCAGCACCCUCACAAGUCUCUCAGAUCAUUUCUCCCGUUCAUUCACCUUCACCCCCACUAUCAAUACUCGAAUACCGUGACUCCCCGACUGCUGAUGAAUUGGAUGUUCCUGAAUUCUUUCAAUACAGCAAAGAAAAGUAUGAGAGCGCAAAGUCUGGUUGCAGACGACGGAGAAAAUCAACGCGUGAUGAACAAUGUGAGACAUCAUCGAUGGACGGCGGUGAUGAUGUCGAUGAUAAUGCAAGGCAAGUAUCAAUUCUCUGUUGUAGAAAUUGA